GCGCGAUCAACCAAUACCAACCCUGGAUCCGGCCAAGAGUGCAGAUAGCCUGACGAAGCAAGAGUUAAGCAAGGAAGUAAUACUCGAGAAUUAGCUACGCUAUACCCAAAACAAUUCGAGCGAUCGCAAUCAUCAAUCGCCAUCAUGAUGCCAAACCCGAACCUCUACAGUCACCACCAAUACAACCCACACGCCGACCAGUCAUGGAUGCACCAACAGCAGAACCACCAGCACCAGGCCCAACAGGCUGCAGCCGCCGCCGCCGCAGCUCAGCAGCAGCAUUAUAAUCGAUUAGCAGGUGCUCAUAAUAAUGUGUCCACGAAUAUCGGCGCAUCAGUUGGCGGUCAUGUCCAGGAUAACGGCUUAGAAAACGUAUCCGAGGACAAUCGCCGUACGUUGAACUUCGUCGCCGACCUGCUUAACGAAAAUACGCGCGAGGCAGCUCUCCUCGAACUAAGCAAGAAGCGAGAACAAGUGCCUGAGCUCGCCCUCAUAUUGUGGCAUUCGUUUGGUGUCAUGACUUCUCUUAUGCAAGAGAUUAUCUCGGUCUACAACUUACUUAACCCAUCGCAACUGACCGCUGCUGCUUCCAACCGGGUAUGUAAUGCGCUUGCGCUCCUGCAAUGUGUAGCAUCGCAUAAUGAUACCAGGACCUUGUUCUUGAAUGCCCAUAUCCCUCUUUUCCUAUACCCUUUCCUGAACACUACAUCCAAGUCCCGUCCUUUUGAGUAUCUCCGUCUAACGUCACUGGGUGUGAUUGGAGCCUUAGUUAAGAAUGACUCCAGUGAGGUGAUUAACUUUCUCCUCACGACCGAGAUCAUCCCUCUUUGCCUUAGAAUCAUGGAGACUGGAUCUGAACUUAGUAAGACAGUUGCCAUUUUCAUCGUACAAAAGAUCCUACUAGAUGAUAAUGGUCUGAACUAUAUCUGUGCCACGUAUGAGCGUUUCUACGCCGUCGGAACGGUGUUGAGCAACAUGGUUGCUCAGCUCGUCGAACAGCAGACCGCUCGCCUCCUUAAGCACGUUGUGCGCUGCUUCCUCCGCCUGAGCGACAACGCCCGCGCUCGCGAGGCUCUCCGUCAGUGCCUCCCGGAACCGCUUCGCGAUGCCACCUUCAGCUCAGUCCUCCGUGACGAUGCGGCGACCAAACGUUGCCUCGCCCAGCUAUUGAUUAACCUCUCCGAUAAUGUCGUGGAGACCAAUAGCAGCCAUGCGCUAUGAAGCGCAUUUAGCCUUACCGCAGAGUUGCAUUGUUUAACAGAUACCCCCUCGCGACAGCCACUUCCAAGUCUUUGAAAGCUUGGGUCUCCUAUUAUCUAUUCAUGAUUAACGAGAGUAUGAGAAUCACGUGGAAUUAUGUUCUUCCUGACGACACGGUACCCGUCCGGAAUCUUUCAGAACGAUCACGAAAUUCUAGUUGGGGUUUAUCACUGC